UUUUAUUAACUUCCGGUGGAGACUAAAAAGCUUUCUCGAGAUGAACAUGUGGAGUAAAUGUCGGUAUUUGGCGAUUUCCUGCAGGAGGGUUCAGCAUUUUCAAAGAGCAACCUACAAGUCAGCAGUUUGUACAGAUUUCUCUAAACCCCUGGAGAUCAUUGAUGAUGGGAAAACAUUUGAUCCAUCUAGUCUCGGUCAGAACGAGGUUUCCGUAGCUGUGAAAGCUUGUGGAGUGAACUUUUCAGACAUAAUGCAAUGUAAAGGAACUUACCAAGUAGUCAACCAUCCUCCGUUUGUACCAGGUGUGGAGUUUGCCGGUGAAGUGUUGGCUGUAGGUGACAAAGUAAAGAGAUUGAAGAAAAAAGAUAGAGUUUUUGGCCUUGUAAAGUCCGGCAGCUUCUGCCAGCAUUGUGUCAUGCCAGAACAUACGGUUUUAAGAACAUUUCCAGAUUCUGUAUCAUAUGAGGUUGCUGCAGCAUCAAUAGUCAGCUAUGGAACCUCCCUGAUGGCACUUACUAGGAAGGCCAGACUACAGGAAGGAGAAACAUUGUUUGUGACUGGAGCAGCAGGAAGCACAGGAUUGGCAGCCGUGGAAAUUGGUUCAAAGCUUCUAAAGGCAAAGGUGAUAGGUUCCUGUGGCGGUCAAAACAAGGCCGACAUCGUAAAGAGUAAAGGAGCAUCCCACGUCAUAGACUACAACACGGAGGAUGUCCGAGGCCGGCUCAAAGAACUCACCAACGGAAAGGGUCCAGACGUGGUGUUUGAUACUGUAGGAGGAGAUUUGUUCCUUGAAUGUCUGAAGAGCCUUGCCCAUGAAGGUAGAAUCCUGACGAUUGGUUAUACCUCGGGAAAGAUUCCCAACAUUCCAGCCAAUUACCUGUUGAUCAAGUCUGUGUCAGCUAUAGGUUUAUAUUGGGGCGACUACGGCACAAAGAACAGCCCUGUCUUCUCUGAGUCUAUAGAUAGGUGUGUAGAUGGGCUAGUGUCUGGGGACUUCUCACCUCAUGUCGGAGCUGUGCUGCCGUUGUCAGAGAUCAACAAAGCUUUUGACAUGAUCUCAAAGCGACAGAACAUUGGGAAAGUGGUGGUGACUAUGGACUGAACAUUUAGUUAAAUACACAUAUACAUUAUAACUUGUGAGUGGAAGGAACUGAAGAUUGGAAAAGAUUGGUACAAUUUGUAAAUGGAAGGGAAUGAAGAAAUGAAAAGAUUGGUACAAUUUGUUAAUGUAAAGAUUGAAGGAUUAAAAGAUUGGUACAAUUUGUUAAUGGAAGGGACUGAAGAAAUGAAAAGAUUGGUACAAAUUGUUAAUGGAAGGAACUGAAGAAUUGAAAAGAUAAGUAAAACUUGUUAGUGAAAGGGACUGAAGAAUUGAAAAGAUUGGUACAACUUGUUAAUGUAAGCGACUGACGAAUUGAAAAGAUAAGUAAAACUUGUUAGUGAAAGGGACUGAAGAAUCAAAAAUAUUGGUUCGAUUUGUGAGUGAAAUGGUUUGAAGGAUUGAAAAGAUUGGAACAUCUUGUUAGUGAGAACUGAAGAAUGUCGGAGAUUUCAACUUGGAUGGAAGAAACGUAAGUCAUGUUGUACAACCUGUUAGAGGAAUUUAACUUCGGUCAGGUUGUACAACUUGUUAGUGGAAAGGAGCGAAUGUUUACAGAGACUACAAUAACUUGUCAAUGAAAGGAAUUGAAGAAUGCUAAUUUGUUAGUGGAAGGAUAUGAAGAGUUUGAGACCUUUUGUCAAGAUAAAAACAUUUUAUGAAGUUUAAUAUGAUGCCGUACCAGAGUUACAGUAUAUUAGAUUAUAAAGCGUGAUGUAAAUAUAAAAACUGUGAUAACUUUUUUUACUUUUUGUUUUAUCACCAUACAAAUGUUAUAACUAUGAGUAUGUGAUCAAAAGCUCCCGUUCUAUAUUGUUUCAGUUCUGAUAAUCUGAAGAAAUAAAUGAAAAACGAGAUACUUGCAAAAAAUAUGUGAUAUAAAAAAUAGUACUUGCACAUUUGAACAUAUUUAAGAUUAGCCACAUACUUUAUUUAUAGAGACUUGUACCAGCUGGAUCUUUAAUUUUCCUAUCUUGCCGUAUGAUUUCUUUUGUUGUUGUUGUUGAUUAUACUGAUGCUGUUCUUGUUGGGUACUUGGUAACCAAUGACUAUAAUAAAUACAAAUGUACAUUGUGCAUGUAAUACCUCAA